GCGCGUUUGUGGUGGCAAGAUCAUGUGAUUGUGCGAGAUGCUGCCUUGGAUAAAACUUGCUCUCGUCCUUUAUUUUAGUGGUGAUGCGAGCAGUUUGAAAGGGCUGCGAUUGGUGGUCCCGGAGGCGGUGAGGAGCGGAGAGAUGGUUAGGCUGGCUUGCAACUACGACCUAGAAGGAGCCUUCCUGUAUAGCAUAAAGUGGUACCGUGCUGAAGAAGAGUUUUACCGCUACCUGCCUAAGGAGGCCCCACCUACCAGAGUUUUCCCCUUACCUGGUAUACAUGUUGAUGUGUCCAGAUCUGACGACCGUAUAGUGACUCUCCUGAACGUAGAUCGUCGCUCCACAGGAGAGUUCAAAUGUGAGGUGUCUGCGGACGCUCCCCUCUUCCACACGGAGAUACAAUCAGCCACACUCAGGGUUGUAGAUGUUCCAGUUGGAGAGCCCGAAAUAUCGACGAAGAAAGUCAGAUAUUCAAGUGGGGAGCAAAUUCAAGUGAAUUGUACAGCGCCACCUUCCAGUCCAGCUGUAAACAUUUCGUGGUACCUCAACAAUCAUCUGGAGGAGGAGGCCCAAUACACAGUGUACUCGCAAGACGGGCUGGAGCAGGCUCUCAGCUUCCUGUCUCUAGAGGCAGACACGGGGAAGUUACAUCUCAAGUGUGAAGCUACCAUGUACCACUUGUACCGAGGGGUCAGUGAGUUGGAGCUGUGGCAGGAACCUCCUAGACCAGCGAGUGUGCUGGGACCAGGACAUAGUGGGACGCCACGGCGACUUCAUGACAGACUCUUGCUCAUUCUUCUGCUCUGUUUCAUCCAGCUGACGACCAGAUAGCAUCAUCUGUAAGCGUUGUGUACAUAUAUUAGGGGAAAGGACAAUACUGUAUUCUAUGACAAGUUUUUGGUCUAUGUACAUUUCCUACUCUUCCAAAUAAUGUUACCUUGAAAAUGCGCUGUCGUUUAGUGGGUAAACGCUAUUCGAACUAUUUUAUUCAACUCUCGAAUUUUAUCUAAACUGUAAAUUGAAAACAGGGUAAAUGAAAAUUAAAUUUUUCCACGUUGUUUAUUUAGGGGAAUUUCCCUCAGAACCUUUUGUUGAGAGUCGCCCGUGAGUCUUUCAUUUUAGGUUUGUAGAUGAGUUUGAAAAUCUUUUAAUUAAUUGUGAGUUUACAACGAUAGUUUUUUUUCAGGCAUAUAACUUGUAUUGUAUUUUUUGUAGGAUGACUAAAGGAUGACAUAUAUUUUCAGUAAAUUAUAUAAUUUGUCUAGAUAAAAAAAUAACUCUAACUUGAAUGGAUAUCAACAAAUUAAAGUUGUUCUGAAGAAACAGGUCAA